CUCGCCGACACUUGAGUCUUGACAUCCCAACAAAUCCUUGCUUCAAAUCCGCCACUCUUUCUCUCUCUCCAAUUUUUGUUUCAACUCAAUGGCUUCCCCCUUUCCAACUCUACCUUUCGUCGCCAUUCUCUCCCUCUUCCUUACUUCAAAUCCCGCCUAUGCCUCCAUCCACAUCUACACCACUGAACCCUUCCGAGAAGUCGGCAACGCAUUUCUUCUUGCCGGCGGUAGCGAAGGCCUCGCGGCAUCUCUUAUCGCCGUCGAAGACGCCUCCGUCUCUUCUUUUCUCCACGACGGCCGCUCUUUUAUUCGAUUUGAGAAUAUCACUUUCUGGAGGACUAAGGCUGCAGCUGAUGGGCAUAGAGACAUGGAGAACAGUACUGGGCUGGUACAAGUUGUAAUUUUUGAGGCAGCAGAUCGAAAUAAUAUAGGUGGUUCUGCCUAUGGUGGACAAAGGUCUAUAUGUUGCACCUCUGAUCUUGCAAAGCUGGAAGGCUGCAAAAAGAGUGAAGUUAUAAGGAUGCCACCUGCCACAGAUAUUAGUUGGCCUAUUGUUUUAAAUGUACAGUUUAAUGGGAACUAUUUGUAUGCAAACAUGGAUAAUGUGGAUGUUCCUAUCACAAAGACUGGAAUGUAUAAUUUAUUCUUCAUAGCAUGUGACCCGAAACUCAAGGGAUUAGUAAUGAGUGGAAAAACAUUGUGGAAGAAUCCCGAUGGUUAUUUACCUGGUAGGAUGGCCCCAUUAAUGAAUUUUUAUGUGUAUAUGUCUCUUGCUUAUGUGGUUCUUAGUGUAUUUUGGUUCAUACAAUAUCUGAGGUUUUGGAAGGACAUACUGCAACUUCAGCAUUGCAUCACAGCUGUUAUAACUCUGGGGCUUUUUGAAAUGAUUCUUUGGUAUUUUGAGUAUGCGAAUUUCAACAACACCGGCAUGAGGCUAGUUGUGGUUACAACUUGGGUUGUGACAAUUGGAGCUAUAAGAAAAACACUUUCUCGCCUUCUGAUACUCUGUGUUUCAAUGGGUUAUGGUGUUGUGCGGCCCACUCUUGGUGGACUUACUUCAAAGGUUCUUCUUCUUGGAGUAACAUACUUCUUGGCAUCAGAAUUGCUGGAUAUUACUGAGUAUGUAGGAACCAUUAGUGACGUAUCAGGAAGAGCAAGACUCUUUCUAGUCCUUCCAGAUGCAUUCUUGGAUGCCUUUUUGAUAUUGUGGACCUUUACUGCACUUUCAAAAACACUGGAGCAACUACAGUCAAAAAGGAGUUCUAUUAAGUUGGAUAUAUAUAGGAAGUUCUCAAAUGCAUUGGCCGUGACAGUAAUUGCUUCAGUUGUUUGGAUAUCUUAUGAGGUAUACUUCAAGGCUACAGAUCCUUUCAAUGAACGGUGGCAAAGUGCCUGGAUAAUCACUGCGUUCUGGGAUGUAAUUGCUUUUGUAUUGCUGUGUGUUAUUUGCUAUCUCUGGGCCCCAUCUCAGAACUCCCAAAGGUAUGCUUACUCGGAAGAAGUUGGAGAAGAAUUUGAUGAAGAAACUCAAUCUUUAACAAGGGGCAAGUCGGAGGGUGAUCUUAAUUUAGUCAAGCAGGAAAAGAAAGAGAACGAUAUUGGAAAUGCUGAUGUUUUCGAUGAAGAUGACAAGGAAGAGGAUAAGAGGGAAUAAUCAGUUGGAAAAAUAUUUGUUAGCCCAUUAUACCAAAUCCUCGUGUCAAUUUGAGCUCAACACAAGAUGUAGCCGAUUACAAAUUGGUAACUUUUAGCUGAGUAACAACCUGUCCUCAUGCUAUGAGGAGGUGCAAAUUUUUGCCACAAUGUUAUUUUACUGAUUGCCUUGUAUUUGUUCACAGUAUUAUUUUGUUGGUUCUGUCAGUAAAGCAAAUGUGGCGAACAGGAGCUUCUCAAGAGAAUAAAUGAAAUAUUUGAUAAAA